CUCUUAUGUAAAAAUGUCUCGGCCGCCGCCGCCGCGGCGACCGUCGCCUUCACCUCCACCUGAGCCUGCGCCGGCGCCAGCGCCUGCGCCUGCGGCUAAACAUCUGGCUCUGCCUGAGGCUGCACCGGCGCCAGAACCAAUUGCUGUAAAAAGAAGAGCACGAGGCUGCGAGGGAGCUGAUGUGAAAAAGUUAAAAAUCAGUGACCCGGGCGAACGCCGUAGCGACAAAACAAACAGCAAGUUGAAGAAGAAGCAAUGGAAAGAAGAAGCAGAAAAAGAUAUUCCAGAAAUUAUUAUUGACAGUAAAAACAACUGCACAUACCAAAGAUUACAAUUCUAUGGCAGGGGUGGAUUUGGGAUUUGUUAUAAAAUCAAAGAAAUUGCUACUAGUACCUUCUGGGCUGGCAAAAUAAUAUCAAAGAAAAUGUUGGCAAACGCCAGGAACAAAAAACGACUGACCCAAGAAAUAAAUAUACACCGGUCGCUGAAGCAUAAACAUGUGGUUGCGUUCCACAGUUCAUUUGAGGAUAUAAAUUUUUUGUACUUAGUGCUAGAAGUGUGCAAAGGCAGGUCCCUCCAGGAACUACAAUUAAGAAGACAAAAGAUCACAGUGCCGGAGUGCCGGUACUUUACUCAUCAAAUACUGCUGGGAUUAGCAUAUCUUCAUGGAAGACAAAUAAUCCACCGAGAUCUAAAACCCGGCAAUAUAUUCCUUGAUCAUGAUGUCCAGAUUAAAAUAGGAGAUUUCGGACUGGCUACCAGAUUUACAUACACAAAAGAUAGGAAACAAAAAUAUUGCGGUACACCAAACUACAUGGCACCUGAGAUACUGACGUCGCAUGGUCAUUCAUAUAAAGCGGACAUAUGGAGUAUCGGCUGCCUAAUGUACACACUGCUUGUUGGCACCCCGCCUUUUGACGCGCCCACCGUCGAAGACACAUAUAGAAGGAUCAAAUGUUGCGAUUAUUCGAUGCCAUUAACAGUACACCAGGAAGCCGCAGCUAUGAUUGCAGUGCAACUGCAACUAAGUCCGAGAAGAAGACCUACGGCAGAGAAACUUUUAAAUCACGAAUUUGUAAGGAGCGGCGCCAUACCUGACUCCCUUCCGCAAAGCUGCCUCUACACUGCGCCCUGGACUGACCACCCAGUCCAUACGCGUCCCGUGCUGGCGAUCGGGAACUUAUCAGAGGAAGACGACACAACACCGGCAGAGCCACAAGUAGAACCACCGACUAAAUACAAGUUUGGCACAAUUCGAGCUCACCUUAUCUCAUUAAUUCGUGAAAACUUUAGAAAGGUUAAAAGUCAUUUUGCUAAUAUGCCGGCAAUCAAAUCAAACUUGUCAGAGAAAGACGACACAACACAGACAGUGUCACAAGUGGAACCACCUCCGAUUAUUAAAUACAACUUUAACGUAGUUCGAUCUAACCUUAUCUCAUUGCUUGGUGAGGACUUCAACAAGGUUCAAUGCCAUUUUGGUAAUAUACCGGCAAUACGCUGCCGCGCGGUACGUCCGUCGCUGUGGGUGACAAAAUGGGCUGAGUACCCGGUUGGCUUUGGCUAUCUUCUCUCUGAUAAUACCAUAGGAGUCGUGUUCAAGGACUCCACCAAGAUUUUCAUAAUAGCUAAUGACGGAGUCAGCCACUUCAUCACCGACUACGGUGCCGAAUUUUUAAUGACCGUUAAUCAAUAUAAUGUGGAAGAGGAAAACAUUGAUAAAAAAAUGAGAUUUCUUUUUGAUUUAAAAUCACGUAUAACUCGGUAUCUAAAAAACAAUGAUUAUAAACUUCUAACCGAAAGUGAUGGAGAGGAUCAACCAAGAUAUUUAUACGAGGCCUACAAAACCACAGAAGCUGCCGUCAUGUAUUUUAGCAACGGGGCAUUACAGGUAAACUUCCACAACGGCACGAAGGCGAUUAUAUGCCCGAUGUUCAAGACGAUGACGUACAUUGAAGAUGACGGGACAUACAGUCUUUAUCCCUUUAAAACAAUCGAAGAGUUUGGCUGUCCUGACGAUUUGUAUUGGGACCUCCGAUUCUGUCUCGAACAACUGAACGCACUAGCAACGAAACUAGGCUAG